AGAUAUAAUAAGGUACUCCUCUGGAUGGUGCUGAUGUUACCCCUUGUUUUAAAGUAUGCCAGGACUUCGAAAUUUCUAUUACCAAUGAAAAAGGGGUUUAUCGCAACUAAAACACCGCGAAAAUGUAAAUCGCCGGACGUACAAUGGAUUCAAUUGGGAGUGCAUAGUACGUCUAAGGUCGGUAUAGACCUACUGGACCCGGAAGACAGGGGUGAAUGCCAUUUAGACGUGAAUUCACCCGAGGAUGUUAAAAGGAUACCGGAAAGCCAAUUAAAUGACCUUUGCAAGGAACUUAGACGCUGUUUCAUGCUUAACGCUGAGGCAGUGGGUGGUCAUUACUCCAGCUCCCUGGGAGUUGUGGAGUUGACUGUAGCGCUGCACCGUGUCUUCGACUCUCCCAAAGACAGGAUAGUCUGGGACAUUGGUCACCAGGGGUACAUACACAAGAUGCUCACUGGGAGGUUACAUAAGAUGCAGACCAUGCGUCAGUGUGGUGGUCUAUCAGGAUUCCUCCGUAGGUACGAGAGUCCUCACGACCUUUUUGGUGCAGGGCACUCGUCCACUUCCAUCGGUGCCCUGCAAGGCAUCUAUGAGGGUGAUGUCAUUACUGGGCAAAGCUCAAACAGAUCCUAUGUAUGUGUAAUCGGUGACGGUAGCUUAACUGGUGGCAUGGCCAUGGAGGCCUUGAACUACACUUGCACCAUCAAGUCGCCCUUGCUCAUUAUAUACAACGAUAAUGAGCAGAGCUCACUGCCAACGGGAAUGCCAGCUAAAAACGGCACCGGUCCUGUAGUACCGUACUUCAUGGUUGAGGGUUCAAGGAAGCCGGCUAUAUCCGGGCACGACGCCAUCGCGCAAUGCGAGGCGCUACGACACAAAAACGAUGAUAUGCCGCUGUUCAUAGGCCCUAUUGAUGGGCAUAAUAUCGAGGCCCUGUUAGACGUGCUGGCAUAUCUAAAGGAAGAACUCAGUGCCAAUAGCGAAGAUGGCAUUAAAAGGCCAGUGGUACUACACGUGAAAACCAUCAAAGGCAUGGGAUGCGAAAAAGCGCUGCAAUCGCCAUCUAGACUGCAUUCAUUAAAGGUUGCGACAGGCCCAAAGAUAGGCACUGAGGCAACUAAAACAUUUUCAGAGAUAUUCACGGAAUCGUUAAUUGACCUUGCUGAAAAGGAUCAAACCGUGCUAGCGAUAACCGCUGGCAUGCCAGGUUCAACAGGCGUGGGUAAAAUGGGUAUGAAAUUCCCCAAUCGCACUUUUGAUGUAGGUAUUGCCGAACAACACGCUGUUACCUUCGCGGCGGGUACAACCAUCAGCGGUGCAAAGCCCUUCUGCUGCAUAUACUCCACGUUCAUGCAGAGAGCAUUGGAUCAGGUUAUACACGACGUAUCGCUACAACACCUGCCGGUAAGGUUCGUCCUGGAUCGUGCUGGGUACGUUGGGGGUGACGGCGCAUCACACCACGGCAUAUACGAUAUAAUAUACCUGAGGAUGAUGUACAACAUGCUACUCAUGGCACCCAGCAACGGUAUAGAGUUGAAGAUGAUGAUGCAAAUUGCGUACAACACAGAUAAACAACCGUCGGCAAUAAGAUACCCAAACGGAAAUGUAGCUUCACAUGAUGAAUUGACAAGACUCUUGAAGUACACCCCGGGUGAAAUAGAGGACCCCGCGUCCAUGAUCUUACCAAACGGAAAGCUAGAAGCGCGCAUGGUACGUCGAGGCAAGAGCGGGGUGGCUGUAUUGGCAUUCGGUCCCAUAGUCAUAGAUAUCCUAAAGGCCGUGGAUGCCAUUGACCUCGACGCCACGGUAGUGGAUAUGCGAUUCCUUAACCCAAUGGAUACCGAUAUGCUCAACUACAUCCUCCAGGCACACCAUACGGUAUUUACCGCGGAGGACGGCGUGGAAGGUGGCUUCGGCUCCGCUGUACUUGAGUACUUUGCCAAAAGGCCUGAACGUGCUGAUGUCAUGUGCAUUGCGUAUCCUAAGGAAUUCAUGCAUCACGGUAGCAUUGCAGAGCAGAAACGAUUGGCCAAAAUGGACGUCGAAGGCUUAGCUGAACGUAUGAGGCAGUUCCUGGCGUCAUGAAAGUAACCAUACGUUGGAAGAACUACACACCCUAUAAUGUAGACAUGUAU